GACUUUUCCCGCCAGAGGUUUCCUGGGUGAUUCGACACGCUACGCAUACGCAGAACGACAACAAUAACCAAUAUGGCGGACACCUGUCAAAAAUUAAUCGGAUAAUUGGUUAACAAUUGGAGCUUACAGAUUAGAAAAAUAGAAGGAGCGCUGAUUUGAUUUUCCCGUUCUUACACCAGCUUUGACAGUUGGUAAAAAAAUACACAAGAAAAAUGACAUCCACGGCUAUGGCUCAGCUAGACGCUAACAUGAAGACUAGGCUCCGUCACACACAACACUCAAAGCUGGCAAUCACGCUUAAUGACAGUAAGGUGCUUGGAAGAAUUACAGAGAUGAGAACAGAGAAGGUGCGCGAAUCUGGGAAGUUUUCCACCAAUAAAAUGAAGACGCAUAACAGCGCAUGGACCCCUGUGAUUAACAAGGCCUCUAAUGAGCAGAUAUUUCUGGAAAGGAGAGACCUUGUGUCCCAUUGGUUUGACCUGUGGACAGACUCUCAGCGGAAAAGAUUCUUUGAUCUUAUCUUCCGACAGUGCAGCCGGAAACAGUACAAGUUUGUUCAGGACUGGUUUGAGGAGAUGGUACCACUACAGCACCUGGACUUCACCACAGUUCUACCCAGAUUUCUGGCUCUGUACAUCUUCUCAUUCCUCGAACCCAAAAGCUUGAGUCGCUGUGCUCAAGUCUGUUGGCACUGGAAGUUUCUGUCUGAACAGGAUGUGUUAUGGAUGCCCAAGUGUUUAAAGUAUGGCUGGUUCCUGCCAUAUACUCCAGCCAUGCACGAGUAUGGAAGCUGGAAAAGGCACUACGUUGGCUGUGUAUUAACCCUGGACUAUGUGACCACCAACUCCGCAAAUAACGCCCUGUAUGGUAUGCGAGGUGACGGGGUAGACCUGAUGGCCAAGCAGCCGUCACAGAAGGAUCUCACCCCUGCAGAGAGCUACAUGAUGGUGACAUCACGGCCACCCUGGAUUGCUCCUGCUUCUCACCCCAAGGACCUUCACAGGAACAUGUAUGCCUUCCUGCAUGACUUCAACCCCAAUGACCCCAGCAUGCCCAAGUCAGCGCUGCUGUUCCACAACCGUUGGGGCAUCUUGAAGAAGAAGAGCAAUGUGACGACCAGUCUGAGCACCGAGCUCGGUCUUAAUACGCAGAGAAGACGCGAGAGGCAUAGGGCUCUAACGUCAGGUGAAGAUUAUGACCUUCAAACCGGUCGUUCAAUGACCUUGACCGAGAGCAUGAAGGAUGACCUUGUGAACCCACGUGAACGCAGGGUCAAUGAACUGGUGAACACUCAGUGGUACCCACAGUAUCGUACCGGUCCCCGAAGUUCUGCAGAAGAGAUAGUACUUGAAAGGACUGAUAUGUCUGGAGGCAAGGCGACCUACAGGGAUACGAUGAGAAGCACUAGAAGGUCAUCCCUCGCUGGAACAGAGCGCCCACAGAAUCCACGGGUCAUCUUCAUAUCAUCACGUGUCCCGGCAGCUGAGUUGUUGCUGGAUGCAGUGUUGUUUGGUGUGGUGCCCAUCGUCUAUGAAUACGAGGGAACCACUCCUGAAUCUCUGCUUGUGCGGCUAGAAAAGGCUCUACAGGGGAGAAAUGCUCAGAGCAUCGGCAUCUUCACGCACACAGAAUCCCCUGGUGAGAUCCGAUUGGUCCACAGCUGUAACGUCAGUCUGGCAAACAUGGACUACCCAGAGGCGCGAGAGUUCUUUGAGAUGGCGUCAGGUCACAUUCUACCAUCAGGAAUGGGUGGCCAGUUUGAUAUCUUUGCCCCGCUGGCUGCUUCAGAGCUUGGUAUGGAACUGAUGGUUCAGCUGACUGUGUUGACUGGUGUACAGUUCUCCAGCCCAACUGGAAUCAUUGGCAACUACAACCAUGUGAGUUCAGACUGGUGUAUCCCGUACAAGGAGGGACCCCCACCAGAACAGUACUUCUGCACCAGCAAGCUCAACGUGUGGGCCAACACUGCUGACCAGGCUGUGGAGUCACUUAAGAAGUGCAGACAGAUACUGGCCCCGUAUUUUGAGAACGCACACAGGGACGUAGCUGCACAGCUCACUGGAGAAGUUAUGUUUGGUGUGCUGGGUCAGACAGACAUCCGAGGGGUCAAGAGUAUCACAGAGGCCCUGAAAGAGGCACUGGUUGCACUGGGGGACCAAGAUGGGGAGAAUCCCCUGGAGUUUCUAGGCCAGUACCUACUGCAGAGAGCAGGGGUGUCAGAUCUAGAGUUCACCAGUACUAGACAGAGACUGCCGGCCAUAGAGCUUCCUGAGGAUGAAAUGCAGCCUGAAGUUGACGAGGAGGGAACGGACAAGACACUGAAAGCGGAUGCCAAGAAGCCAGGGGACAGUGUAUGGGACAGUGACAACGAUGACAUUCAAGGGGGCGGGGAUGCACGGGGGGCCAGGAGGGGGGAGGACGGGGUGGAGAAGGGGACCCUCGAGGGGACAGAAGCGUCGGAGAAAUUGACCAGAACACGACAGAGGGGUGAGAGGCAGAAGGUGGUGUUGAAGACACAGGAGCUUAGCAAGAAGUUUGGAACCAUCAGGGCCACAGGGAAGCUGGAGAGAUUGACCUCGCAUCGUUUCCGUGAGUACCCGGAGAAGAGAACACCUAUUGCCAUGGAGAUUGUCUCCAGCGAGGUUGACUACAACAGGGCCCUUACUGCUGUCAAGAAAGUCUACUUUAAGCCUCUAAACGCUGCCUUGAGAUCUAACAGAGGUAUCAUCAGCAAUCAGAAUCUGCAGAUCAUCUUCACAGACAUCCUUGCCAUCCUGGAGAACAGCUGCGAACUAAAGGACAACCUGCAAAGCCGUCUGCUAGACUGGGACCCCCAGCAGUCCUGCCUGGGCGAUAUCUUUGUCAAGUUCAACUCUCAUCUCAAGGUGUACACGAACUUUAUCAACAACAAUGAGAUGAUCCUACGAUGUAUCGAGCGUUCCAAGGAGCAGACGCCUGCUUUCAGAGCCUUCCUCGCGAGACAUGAUCGAAGUCCGGAGACCAAGAUGCUCACGCUACAGGAACUGCUGUUGCUGCCUGGUUGUCGUAUCAACCAGUACGUGACCCUGCUGAGCUGGUUUGAACUGCAUACCCCCAAGUCCCACCAGGACAGGGCUGACCUAGCCAACGCCAUAGAAACGCUCACUGAACUGGACCGCUGUAUUAGAGAGUGCCAAGUUAGGAUGGAGAGAGACCGAGAGUUGAUUGAGCUGCAGAGAAAGAUUCUCAACUGCCCGGCCUUGCUGGAAGCCAACCGCUACCUGGUGAAGCAUCUCGAUGUCAACCAACACAACCCUCCCAAAAAGAACUCGGACAUUCCUGAGCUACAAUUCUUCCAGACAGCUGCUACAUAUGGAUUGUUCCUGUUUAACGAUGCCCUCGUACUUACACGCAGGACCUCCAAACACUUCCCGUUCAGCCGUGCCAUAGAACACAACUACAAGUUUGAGGCCAGUAUCUCACUGGGAAGACUACGUAUACACGACAUGCCCGACUCUAAAGACCUGACCAACUCCUUCAAAAUGGAGAAUCCCAAGCAGCAGUGGUAUUUCUCCACAGAGACGGAUGAGGAAAAACACAACUGGAUCAGCCUGGUUGAGCAGUCUAUCCGGUCACAUCUACAGGGGUAGAACAGCAGUGGUCAUGCGGACCUCACAGCCUGUUGGGGCAGUCCAUCCCAUCCCAUCUUCAAGGGUAGAAAAGCUGUUGCCAUGUUCUUAUGGAUGUCCCACCUUACAGCUGACAUUUUCAAAAAUAUAUUCUUAUUUCUGUAUCAGUGACUGUCUUAUUUAAUGUUAAACUGUUAAUUAAAAAUGUAAGGAACGAUUCAAAUCAAAAACAUUUUUGUUAAAUAGAAUGCUGAUAUUUUACAUGUUCAUAAUUUAACAAAAAAGUUUUUUUUCAGCCACAUGGAUAAUAUUUGUUGUAAAAAAAAGCUCUUAUACACUUUUGUUAAGCUUAAGUCUGUCACAAUGCUGGAUCUAUGUUUGUUUUUAAGUGAAUUAUUAUACACUACAUAACCUAGUAGAUGCAGGUUUACUGGUUUCACCAGAGAACUCUCUUUUGGUCUGUUGGUCCAAAGACAUUAACUUGUCUGAUGAUAUUCUCCUAUUCUUCUACACAUAUUCAACAAUCAAACAAACAUAAAUUGAUCCUGAUAUCAAGUAGAAAAAGGCUUUAGUAAUGAAUCAUCUUAACUUUAAAGUUCUACAAUAUGAUUAUUACUUAUUAUGAAGAGCUGUGUUAUAGAUAUUUCUAACUAAAAUGUGACAAGAUCUGCUUUAUGCUUACUAUGUCUGACAAGCUGUGUAGUGCUAACAACAUCUAAAAGCUCAAGUUUAUGCUUACAGUGCAUUGCAUUCUCUAUUUAAUGGAAACAGCAUUUUACAAGGUCUAGUUUAUGCUGACAGCUCCCCAGUGCGCCUGAGCUGUAUAAAAAUUUGACUGCCCAUCCAAUAUGUAUACUGCCAUUUGGUAAAAUGUAUAUGUUUUUAUAUUUGUUUAAAGAUACUAUGUUUGUUUCUUUUGAAGUUGUUAUUAAUUAAACCUGUGAUAAUUUUUUUCUGUUACUUGGUAAUAUUUACAUGUUUUUGUUAAACAUGAUGUUGAUCUAUCUGUUUUAUGUACAAGUGAUACAAACUUUAAAUCAGCAUUUUUUACUUGAAUUUUGCAAAUGUCAUUGCGUUUUUUUGUGUCAUCUUUAUCUUUGGUUCUGUCUCGGACACAAGCGGCUGACUAGCUUCCUCCAGGUGUCUCUGUUUUUACAGUAUGUUUGUGUGGCUUUUUAGUAGUUUUUGUGUAUUGUGAACAAAUAAUGUCAUAUUUAUUUGUUAUUCAGAUUUUUGUGUUUGCAUAAAACAUGGAUUACUUGUACAUGUUAAUAAAUACCAGUAAUUUUUUGUGUUUAUUGUAUUUAUUAUAAAUAUUUUUUUAUUAUAGUGUUUUACUUCUUUCCUUAAACAAUAUUCUGGAAUAAAGUAUUUAGCCAUCUUAUUUUAUUUAGAAUGAUGUUAAGAUAAGCAACAUAUACUAAAUCAAUUGGUCAGGAUAAAACAGUAGACAACUGUCUUUACAAAUUAUGUAAAACCAAGUUGAUGAACAAACAUAUUUUUUUUUUGUCAUGAGAUAUUAUGUUUUAAUGCAUCAUAAAUGCUGUUAUUAACUUUAACACACUGACCUGAACUUGCGGAUGUCAUUAGGUUGGUUUUAAGUGGAAAUUCUGUCCUAGUGUUAUUCUUUUUUGUUUCUUCAUAUGGUGUUAUAACAGUUAUAGCAUUAAUUGAUUUAAUGGUUACAUACAGCUUUAUCAUAACUAAAUUAAAUUCUUAAAAAAAGGUUCAUAUGUGAUGGCAGUUUAUGCAGUGUUGUGUUUUUCGUAACUCAUUCAGAUAUAUGUCUGUUUGUUUAAUAUAGGGUAGUAAUAGAGAUUUUGGGUAUAAUGUUAUAAUAUAUAAAACAUUUUAUUGAACUCAUGUUAUUUUAGUUCAUGCAUAAUGAUAAUCGCAUAAUAGAGAUAACAUUAAUUAUAUCAUUAGUUAAUUUAAAUGAUUUCUAACUAUUGUCUAUAUUUAUAAUAGAAACACCUUCCAUAUGUGAAGAUAAUACCUAUUGUUGAUACAAAUUUAAUGCUCAAAAGUGAAACAGUAUUUUAUGUAAGUUUUAUGGCUAUAUAAAGCGCUAACAGUAUCAGACGAGGGCUUAUAUCUGUAUGCAGGCCUUUUCCCACGAUUUUAGGGGUAAAGGCAUGCAGUUUGUAAUCCGUUCAUUUUUUUAUGACCCCAGAUUAAAUGAUCGGGUAAAUUUGUUUUGUGCCUGUCUGUCUGUCAUUCUGUCCCAAAACUUUAACCUUGGUCAUAACUUUUGCAAUAUUGAAGCAACUUCAUAUUUGGCAUGCAUGUGUAUCUCAUGGAGCUGCACAUUUUGAGUGGUGAAAGGUCAAGGUCAUCCUAUAUGGCUUCAAAGCAGGGCAGUAGGGGGCAUUGUGAUUCUGACAAACACAUCUCUCGUUUUUACAUGCAAGUGUCCUAAAUUAAGUUCUGCAAUUAUUUAGAGCUUAAACAAGUGCGAAAAUAUAUUUGCUUAUUUGGGCACUGGGGUAACCACAUUAUGGAAGUCAGGAACACCUGGGCACUGCAUGGUUCUGCUCUUAAUGUCCUGGUAUUUUACCCCAUCAUUUUGUGUAUUGUAAUGCAUUUCCUUCCCUUUCACAGACAUCAGCCCUCUUAAAAUUAAAUGGAAAAUUGUAAAAAAAUAUUUCCGCCUAUUGGUAUUUCAAGAACAAACUUAGAUGUGUUUUGGGGGUAAUUUUUUUAAUUGUAACCAAAGUUGUCGUUUUAAUUGAUCACAGCAUCCGUACUUGUAGUAAUUAAUGUUAUAAACAAUUCAAAGUAGAACAAGUUUGUUUGUGAUAUAUUCAUUCAGGGAAACGCCUGUUGUUCUUAUUUCUGUUAAGUUUUAAACACUUGUUUAGUUUUGAAUAGUUUGGUGAAUGUUAUUUGUUAAUAUGAUUCUUACAUUUUGUUCUUGUUGGUUGUUGAGUUUUGUUAUUACUUUGUGUUACAAUAAAAUAAGGUCUCCUGGUUUAAUAAAAUGAAAUACACAAAUGCAGAAGUACGAGAACAUGUGUAUGAAGAUAUAGAAGUAUGCAACCUGUUAAAUUGUCCAACAUAUGUACUGAUGAUUGUACACAGUCUUUUUCAACAAAUUUUAUCAUAUAUGUGUCCUUUUCGUUUCCUGCUUAUAUACUGUAUUAUCAAUAAAUGAAACAAAACACA